UUCUAGAUCAUUAAGGAUGGAGAUGAUUAUGUUUAGAUGCGAGCAGCAAUAUUCCCAGUUCAUAGACUUGUCAUGCCAUCAAAUGCUUCCUUUAUUGCACACGAAUGGUCAGGGACAAAAGAAAUUCUAACCUUAGGUCUCUCGUUCUUCAUGAUGAAGUCAAAGACAAACGGAUCUUGUUCAAGGUUCCUGCCUCGUCACUCAGGGUGUUGGAUGUGGAAAACUCAUCCAUUUUAGAUUGUAUAACCAAUUUUGGAGAACUGAACUGUUUAAGAUGCUUCUAUUUCCCUGUAGAAAAAGGUCAAGUGUCAUCGUCUAUCGGUAAGUUUCAAUGCUUGCAAACAUUAGAUUUACAGUCCAUGAGAGAUCUUGCAAAAGAUUACAUAAGGAUGCGUGAUGCACUCGUGAAUUUAAGAGCAAUCCCUGGUGCUGGAAAAGAAAUCAUGAGGCUGAUUGGUCUUAGAAAAUUGAAAGUAUUAUGUUUUUCAAAGAAUGGAUACCUAGAGAUUUGUAAGGUGUUUAAUCCUCCAAACGUUACAUUCAAUCGCCUUCAGUCCUUGUCCUUUCAACGUAAGUUCCUUACACAAGAAGAUCCUCCUGAAUGGCCAAUAGUUGAUUGGAUCAGUGGACUAUACAAGUGUUGUCCUCGUCUUUCCAAGAUGAAAGUUGGAGUGAAGUUGGGCAACUUACCGCCAUCCCAACAGUACUUCCCUCAAAACAUCACAAAGUCAACUUUACAACAUUCUGAUCUUAUGGAAGAUCCAAUGCCCAUGUUGGAGAAGCUGCCUAGCUUGAUGAUGCUCAAGUUAGAUGUGUCUUCCUUCAAGGGGAAAGAAAUGGUUUGCCGCGAACAAGAGUUCCCUCAACUCAAGUCCCUAGUCCUUCAAUAUAUACCUGUUUCACCUAGAAGAAUGGAGGAUCAACGAGGAAACCGUGCCCAAUCUUCGCCAUUUGCAAAUUCAUCUAUGCGGCCUGGGGAUUGUUCCAGAUGGAUUAAAGUUCAUCACUGCUCUCGAGCGAUUGGAGGUUGGUGGGACUUCCUUCCGUCCUCUUCCUUCAUGAAUCAUUAUGCUGCUGCUGGUAGCCAUGACUGUCAUCAAUCAAAACAAUCCACUGUCCCUAUUUUACCCUCUACCUUUUUACAUGCCAAUGAGUCGUCACCUACCUCUACCUCUGGUCCAGAUCUUAGUCAUUCGCCAUCGUCACUUGCCUCUCCUGCUGGUGCUCCCCAUGAAUUGGUGGCUCACGAGGUGCCUCUUCCUGCAGCUUCUCCUUCAUCAAUCCCAUCACCGAUUCCGGUACCAGCCCACCUACCCGCCCAGUCCAACUCCCCCAGUCCCACAUCCUCCGCUCAUUCCACUCCUCAUCACACCUCCUUAUCCCCAGUCCAAGUCUCAAAACCGUCCACUUCCCCAACCCAAGCCCCAAGUAGUGUGGCUCGCCCAAAUCCUCGUACCCGGCUACACCACAUGCGCACUCGCUCCUUGAAUAACAUUUUUAAACCCAAAAUCCUUUUCCAAGCUAUGUCCCAGUGUCCUACACCUCUAAGUGAACCCACUUGUGUGACACAAGCUCUGAAAGAUCCCAAUUGGAGACGGGCUAUGUCUGAAGAAUUUAGUGCUCUUGUGCGUCAAGGUACGUGGGAACUUGUUCUUCCAUCUCCUGAUCAUCAUUUAAUUGGUUGUAAAUGGGUGUUUCGUUUAAAACGAGCUCCAGAUGGUCGUCUUGAGCGUUAUAAGGCUCGCUUGGUUGCCAAAGGCUUUCAUCAACGUCCGGGAUCUGACUAUUUCAACACCUUUAGUCCUGUUAUUAAACCUACUACUAUUCGUACUGUUUUAUCUAUUGCAGUAAGCCAGCAGUGGGUUAUCCGGCAAUUGGAUAUUAAUAAUGCCUUUUUACAUGGUCAUCUUGAGGAACAAUUGUUUAUGAAGCAACCGGCAGGAUUUGUUGAUCCUCGUUUCCCUCAGCAUGUGUGCAAAUUGCGGAAGUCUAUAUAUGGCCUGAAGCAAGCUCCCCGAGCAUGGUUUCUUGAGCUUAAAAGCUUUAUUAUCUCUCAAGGCCUCUCAAUCUAAGUCAGACUCGUCUCUUUUUAUUCUUCACAAAGGGUCUACUUGGAUUUAUUUUCUUGUCUAUGUUGAUGA